AUGUCCCCCCUCUCACCCACCCACGACUCUUUUUCUGAAUCGUCCGUCGACAAGUCUGUCCCCGUAUUCAAGAUUGACAUGGGCGCUUCCACCAAGCACGAGGAUCCCGUCAUGGAUCGAGAUGUCCCCGACACGCCUCCGCCGCCCGAGAAGCAGCUGCCCUGGACCAGGGUCCGCUCCCUCUGGCAGGAUGCCUUUUCCGAGUUCCUUGGCACCAUGGUCCUCAUCCUCUUUGGCGACGGCGUCGUCGCCCAGGUUGUCCUCAGCAAAGGCACCAAGGGCGACUACCAGAGCAUCUCCUGGGGCUGGGGCAUCGGCGUCAUGAUGGGUGUCUAUGUCUCGGGCAAGUCUGGAGGCCACAUCAACCCGGCCGUGACUCUUGCCAACUGCGUCUUCCGCGGCCACCCCUGGCGCAAGUUCCCCGUCUACGCCCUGGCCCAGCUCUUGGGCGCCAUGGCAGGAGCCGCCAUUGUCUACGGCAACUACAAGUUGGCCUUUGACAACUUUGAGGGCGGCGUGGGCCUCCGCACCGUGAGCGGCCCCAAUGCCACAGCCGGCGUCUUCUGCACCUAUCCCGCCGCCUUCAUGACCCGGACCGGCAUGUUCUUCUCCGAGAUCGUCGCCAGCUCCAUCCUGCAGUUUGUCAUCUUUGCCCUUGCCGACUCGGACAACAUUGGCGCCGGCCCGCUGAUGCCCCUGUGCCUGUUCUUCCUCAUCUUUGGCAUCGGCGCCUGCUUCGGCUGGGAGACGGGCUAUGCCAUCAACCUGGCUCGUGACUUUGGCCCUCGGCUGGUCUCGUACAUGAUUGGAUACGGUUCCGAGGUGUUCUCGGCCGGUGGCUACUACUUUUGGAUUCCCAUGGUGGCGCCCUUUUUCGGCUGCCUGCUCGGCGGUGCUCUGUACGACACAUUCGUGUACACGGGCGAGAGCCCCAUCAACACGCCCUACCUCGGACUCACCCGCCUGUUCAAGCCGCGGCGCAGCGUGUGGUCCAACACUCGCAGCCACGGGAUCGAGUCUCGGGUGUAG